UAGCAUUAAAUAUAGUAAUUUUUUCGCGACCUGUUCUUUACUUUCAAGAACAGUUUCCAAUUCUUCCUCGGUCUGAAGUUGUAAGAAUUUUGAUAAACUUUGCCCUGUGCUUUGUAUUUCUGCAAUUCCGUAGUAUUGACGUAUCUUACGUAUAUUACGUAUCUUGGUGAUAGUUUCUCUCUGGGUGAUAAGUGUCGCGUGUCAUCAAGUAAGAACACCAACUUCUAUUGAUAUAAUGACACUGAACUUACUCGCGAAGAUUACCAAUUUUCGCGAUAUCUUCUAUUUAUUGAGAAAUCGCUUGAAAACAAGAAAUUUCCUGUACUACCACUGAAAUUCAAUACUAUCAUGAUUUUUUAGGUAAUUGUAAUUCACUUGCGACUCAUUGUCGAUAAUGUGCGUAUUGUUGUUUUAGUUAUUAAGCGACUUCAAUUUUUUCAUUUUUACUUCUGCAUUGUUUAUUGAUUUUCAUUUUCUACCUCGAGAACAUGUCAUUUCUAUUAUUUCUAUUAAUAAGUAAUACCGAAUUAGUCUAUCUUUUUCCUACUAUUUAGCAUCUUCUUAUCUUGUUGAUUUUUGCGAAGUAGACUGGUUUAUCUGCUUGAAUUAACUACAUCAGAAUCGCAGAUUCCCUACUGAGCUGUCAGCUAUCAAUCGGAGAUCAGCAGUAUACAUUUCUGACGCUUAUCCCUGGCGAAUAUCUCGUCGCAUAUUACAAUCUUUUUUUUUUCUCAUUCGUUCAAACAUGAGUAUUGUAGAAGGGAGGCGGCGUUUAAAGAACCUAAUUCAUCAACGUUGACUUUGGUGUUGAAACUACGUUAACUAGCUAAUAAUUGAUGUUUGUAAUCGAAGUAAUUGAAUAAUUAAAUAAUUGUGCACGAGUACUUAAUAAUAUCACAAUGAAUCAAUCGUGAAAUAUAUUACAAAAUACAUUACCGACAUUGUAGUGUUUAUAAAGCUAUAAUAGCAUUUUUACUUUAAUUAAUGAAACAUAUUUAUUGCUCGAGACUUUUAAUAUUAUCAUGUGUUACAAAACCAAUUAACAAUUAUCUGUUUUGCCAACUACAAAUCAUCCAUUGAAAUUAAUAGUUAGUACGUAAUUAUCAGUCUCAAUAGAAGUGUGGAAAAAACUAAUAAUAUAAUUACAUCUUAUUGUCAGCAGAUUAACAGUAACUCGCUUUAUUAUUUACAACUGAAUUUUGCUGAACAGUAAAAUAUUUUCAACAAACGAGAGAAUCGCAAGUCUGAGUUAGGACCGCCCGUUACCUUGAACUUCUUCGUAUGCACCUCUUCUCCUCGUCUCUUCCUACUUCUUCAUCAUUUCCUUAACAUAUUGCGUCAAUAGAAUUAGGAGGAAAAGACGAUGGACGCCUCGUGCGAUGUGUUUUAUUGCAUAAUUGCCGUUUAUUUCCAUCGAAUGAUUUAAUACUCGAUAUCCUCGUGCAUAUUUGAUACGUUUCUCAUAAACGCUGGUGUCACCGAACCAUCGUUCACAAUGGAUUCUUGUCUGCUCGUUAUCGUUCUUCUAAUCGUCAGCACCCUCUUCGUUUGCUCCAGCGGCGGUAAAAAUGCAGGUAACCGCGGUUCUACAAAGAAAAAUACUACCAGACUCAGUGCAGGCAUUGCGUACAAUCCCUUCCUUCAACCACCCGUUACGCUUCCAAGUGUAGAAGACAAUCCUUUUUUAUCGCAGUUUUAUGGCAACAAGAGCGAAAACCAAUCAGGAGUAGUACCAAAUAUUUUUCUGUCGACAAAGAACCAGUCUUCAUAUGCUAUAACAUUUAGCAAUAGCAAUCCCUUUUUAAACUUUGGAUUUGGUUCAAAGAUUGAUACAAUACCUUCUAAUGCUUCAGGGCCUUUUCCGCCAGCAUACUUUGCACCUUAUAGACCACCGCUUUACUAUAUAUCAACAUCUACCAGACCUGAGCCUACAUUUCAAAGACCUUUUUUUGAAGAAAUUCGACCUCCAACCACACCGUCAUUGCUGGAUUUAACAACAUCCAACAAAUUUGACUCGACAAAAACAAGAUCAGAACUCAAAUGCGAAGAAUACAUGAGAGAAAUUGCAGGCACAACUAAUGUAGCACCUUUAGUUGGCACAUCGUCCGACGUGAUAGAGGUGCAAAAUGAUUGUGGGACUGUAUAUCACCUUGUAGUCGGCGGCACCGAGGCUACAACUGGUGAAUUUCCACACAUGGUCGCUCUUGGUAGACGUAGUUCUAGCGGCGAAUUUAUUUUGAUGUGCGGUGGCACGUUGAUCUCACAUAGCUGGGUACUUUCCGCUGCGCAUUGUACUUAUGGGCCAAAUGGCGGUCCGUCUCACGCUCGGUUGGGUUUUCACUCAUUAAAGGAUCAACAAUCCGGUAUCACAGUUACCAUCAAAACCAUGAUACGACAUCCGAACUUUGCUCCACCAGCGCUGUACUCGGAUAUCGCUCUAAUGGAACUUAAAAACGCUGUCAUAUUUGGCAAAUUAAUACGACCAGCUUGUCUCUAUCAACAAUACGAUAAUGUGCCUAGGGCUGCUUUGGUCACUGGCUGGGGUGCUACUGAAUUUAUUGGAGAUCAAUCCGACAAAUUGCGGAAGGCUCAGCUGAAUUUUAUAGACAAUGUGGCAUGUACGAUGCAGCAUAACAAUUCCAGAGAGGUUCCGCGUGGCGUUACACCGAACAUGAUCUGCGCAGGCGAUCCUUUCGGCGGUUGGACUAAGGAUUCUUGCCAGGGUGAUUCUGGAGGACCUUUGCAAAUCAAGCAUCAGUGUCUUUUCCAAGUGAUUGGUAUCACUAGCUUUGGUCAGGGAUGCGCCAUCAUCAACUCUCCUGGUGUUUACACUAGAGUUGCCCAUUAUCUACCUUGGAUUGAGAAUAUCGUCUGGCCAUGCUUAUCCCUAGUGAAUAUCUCGUCGUUUAUUUCCUUCUUUUCUUUUUCUCAUUCGUUCAAACAUACGAUAUCCUCGUACAUAUUUGAUACGUUCCUCAUAAAUGCUGGUGCCACCGAACCAUCGUUCACAAUGGAUUCUCGUCUGCUCGUUAUCGUUCUUCUAAUCGUCAGCACCCUCUUCCUUUGCUCCAGCGGCGGUAAAAAUACAGGUAACCACAGUUCUACAAAGAAAAAUACUACCAGACUCAGUGCAGGCAUUGCGUACAAUCCCUUCCUUCAACCACCCGUUACGUUUCCCAGUGUAGAAGGCAAUCCUUUUUUAUCGCAGUUCUAUGGCAACAAGAGCGAAAGCCAAUCAGGAGUAGUACCAAAUAUUUUUCUGUCGACAAAGAACCAGUCUUCAUAUGCUAUAACAUUCAGCAAUAGCAAUCCCUUUUUAAACUUUGGAUCUGGUUCAAAGAUUGAUACAAUACCUUCUAAUACUUCAGGGCCUUUUCCGCCAGCACACUUUGCAACUUAUAGACCACCGCCUUACUAUAUAUCAACAUCUACCAGACCAGAGCCUACAUAUCAAAGACCCUUUUCUGAAGAAAUUAGACCUCCAACCACGCCGUCAUUGCUGGAUUUAACAACAUCAAACAAAUUUGGCUCGACAAAAACAAGAUCAAAACUCAAAUGCGAAGAAUACAUGAGAGAAAUUGCGGGCACAACUAAUGUAACACCUUUAGUUGGCACGUCAUCCGACGUAAAAAAUAAUGAUGGAAAUGUAUAUCACAUUACUGUAGUCGGCGGCACCGAGGCCACAAUUGGUGAAUUUCCACACAUGGUCGCCCUUGGUAGACGUAGUUCUAGCGGCGACUUCACUUUGAUGUGCGGUGGCACGUUGAUCUCACAUAGCUGGGUACUUUCCGCUGCGCAUUGCACUUAUGGGCCAAAUGGCGGUCCAUCGCACGCUCGGUUGGGUUUUCACUCAUUAAAGGAUCAACAAUCCGGUAUUACAGUUACCAUCAAGACCAUGAUACGACAUCCGAAGUUUGCUCCACCCGCGAUGUACUCGGAUAUCGCUCUAGUGGAACUUAAAAGCGCUGUCAUAUUUGGUGAAUUAAUACGACCAGCUUGUCUCUAUCAGCGAUACGACAAUGUGCCUAGGGCUGCUUUGGUCACUGGCUGGGGUGCUACUGAAUUUAUUGGAGAUCAGUCCGACAAAUUGCAGAAGGCUCAGCUGAACUUUAUAGACAAUGUGGCAUGCACGAUGCAGCAUAAUAAUUCCAGACAGGUUCCGCAUGGCGUUACACCGAGCAUGAUCUGCGCAGGCGAUCCUCUCGGCGGUUGGACCAAGGAUUCUUGUCAGGGUGAUUCUGGAGGACCUUUGCAAAUCAGGCAUCAGAGUCUUUUCCAAGUGAUUGGUAUCACUAGCUUUGGUCAGGGAUGUGCCAUCAUCAACUCUCCUGGCGUUUACACUAGAGUUGCCCAUUAUCUACCCUGGAUUGAGAAUAUCGUCUGGCCAUAAGGGCAAUGAUCAUGAUUCGUUUAGCUUUUCAAAAAAAAACAAUCGACACGAUUUGUGCUGACAAUUAUUAUCCGUGAAGAGAACUAUUUUAAUCAGUGGUUGAUCAGUGGUGAAUGGCUAAUCGUAUAUGAUGCUACUUUAAUUUGUCAUGACAGUAUAAUUUAACAGUCUGUAGUUAUGACUAGAAUAUCGGAACGGAAAGGUCGCAAAAAGGUGUAAAUCGUAAAAUGAAAGAUUGACGUUCGCUUCGUCGAUCUUCUGAUUCUCAGAAAUCAGGAUAUUUUACUAUCGUGAAUGGUUCGCCACGUGAGUCCAUCGUUACACGGGCCAUGCCAUGAUGGAAACAGGACCCACCACCAACUCCUGCAACAACGAAUGCAACAUAAAAAUGAUGGAAUAUAUAUAAAUUUAAUACAUUUGAUAGUGUGUCGAGUGACAUGAAGAAUACUCAAUAUAUUUUAUAGUUUUAACUUUGUGCAGUGUCAAAAAAAAAAAGAAAAGGUUAAUACGAUAUAUGUUCAAUACAA